UGUAUACUCUUCUCAACAGCGGCGCUGUUGAAUGGCUGCGGCUCGCCUGCAGUCCGUCUGUUUUUACUUUUUUGUUGUUUUUUUGUCCUGUUUAGUUACAUUUUUGGUUAUUAGGUUGUGUUAUGUGUGUGUGUGUGUGGGGGGGCUGAAACAUGGUUUUCUGUCUCUCCCUUCGGGGGAAUGCGACUCUUUCUGUUAUAUGCCCCCUUCUUUGCCUCCGUCUGUGCUGAGACCUAAUGGCGGAGCUGGCGGAGCUGGUGGCCUCCAACCUGCGACCGACCUCGAGGCUCCGGAGGCAGAGCCAGCCAGGACUCACCAAUGCGAGGCUGGCCGUCUUCGAACUGUGGCGGCGUUCGGGCGCUCCAGUGGCAGCGGCACGACUCGGGGCUGGGACGGCGCUCCAGUGAGGGCGGCCUGGCGCGGGGCUGAGACGGUGCUCCGGUAGCUGAGGCGGCGUUCUGGCGGCGGCGACGCUGAAUCCGGGGCUCGGCCGCGGGCCAGUGGACGACAUCGUCGGGAGCUCGCGGGUCACAGGCUGGUGCCUGUUUUCCGGAGCUCCCGUGGCGACAGCUGCAUCCGCUGGACUGGAGGGCGGCAGCUUCGACCAUCCCGGGCCGCGGAGCUUGAACCGGCCCGUUCGCGGAGCUCAGUGAGCCGAGGGACUGACUUACCAUCGCCCGGUGGGGUAUCGCCUCAGCGCAGAGGGAGAAGAGGAGGGAAGAGACAAUAACCCUAAGAUUUUUGCCUCCAUCACAGUGAGGAGGUGCCUGGUGAACUCACUGUGGUGGAUGUUAAUUUGUGUUUAUUGUGUGUUUUGUUGUUUAUUAUUAUAUGUAUGGCUGCAGGCAACGACAUUUCGUUCAGACCGAAAGGUCUGAAUGACAAAUAAAGGAUCUAAGUCUAAGUCUAAAAAGGGUGUAGAUGUAGAGGGAAAUGGGGCAUGUCAGUAGUGGUUGAGCUGAGAAAAUAAAAUACUGAGUAUAAAAUCAAGGAUGUCCUGGUGAACGUUUAGUAAAUAUGGAUGCUGGAAUAUGGUGUUCAAGUUUGAUCACCUCUUUAAGAGGAUGUGAAGAUAUUACAGAGGCCCAGAAAAGAUUUACGAGAAUGAAUGCCAGGAUUAGGACUACACUUAGGAGAAUGGAUUGAGAUACUGGGGCUGUUUUCAUUGGAGAAGGUGGAGCGGAGAUUUGAUAGAAGCAUAGAAGAUAGGGCUACAUUGUGGCACAGUGAUGGAGUUGCUGAAUUAUGGCGCCAGAGACCUGGGUUCAGAGUUUGUACGUUCUCCCUAUGAUCAAGUGAGGUUUCACUGGGUGCUCUAGUUUUCUCCCAUAUUCCAAAGACGUGCAGGUUUAUAAGUUAGUUGGCUUCUGUAAAUUGCCCCUAGUGUGUAGGAUAGAACUAGUGCGUAAGGGUGAUCGUUGGUUGGCGGGGACUCGGUGUUUCCAUGCCGUGUCCCAAAACUAAACUAUACUAAACUAAACAUAUAAAAUGAAGAGGGGUCGGUACAGAGUGGAAAAUAGACAGUUGUUCCCUUUGGGUUCAAGACUAGGGGACAGAUAUAUAAAGAGAAAGAAGUGUGACAUGAGAAGGUACAUUUUCACUCAAUGUUUGGUUGGUCUCUGGAAUGUGCAGCCUUCAGAUAUGGUCAAGUAAGGUUCAAUUCAAGAGUGAUAAAUAUAUAUAUGGUGAGGAAAAUGUUGCAAAGUUCCAAAGAUAAGGUUUGAGUGUGGCAUUAGUUAGCUCCUCUGGAUGAGAACCAGUGCAAUCACCAUGGGUUGAAUGGCCUCCUUCUGUGCAAUAACCUUCCUUGAUUCUCUUGCCCUUAUCCUUUGGAUGUCUAUCCGAUUCCCUAUUGAAUAGACAAGUAAUCUGCUUCAGUGAAGUUGAUUGACCACUAAACAUUAGUGGGGGAAUGGAGUUGCUUUGCAAAAUGGCGUUGACUUGAUGAGCCAAAUGGCUUCCUUCUCUAUUGCAAGGAAAUAUGCAAAAUUGGCCAGAUGUUGAUGUGAAUUCCCUUGUUCUUCUUUGAAUAGACCCGUGGGGUCAUUUGUGAACAGUGACUCUCCAAUUUAACAGUAACUGAGGGUACUGUCAACAGUGCAACACCUCCAUACCGCAAAUAUCCUUGAGAGGGGUUUAUAAGGCCUGAUGACAUAUCAGGGGUGUGAGUCUUAACCAAGUCCCCUCCAACCUCCAGUUGCAUUGUGAAACAGGAUAAUCCUUUCCCAUACACAUUUCCUUUAAAGGAGUAACCAACAAAAACUAAGAGGGAAUGAUCCUCUGACCCCAACCAACAGUAGGAAGACCAUAUCCUGAAGAGUAAUGUACAGGGUACAGAAUCAUGACAGCAGCUAGUUCAGAGCCAUUUCGAAGUAUUGUAAAAUAUUUUAAUUAAUAUUUGUUGAGAAGUGAACAAGGAUUACAAAAAUGAUAACAGAAUUACUGGAUCAUUUCCCCAAAGAAGGCAAAGAUAGAAAUUCCGUUGCAUUUGUAUAAAUUUGGUGGUAAAAUGGGUGGAAAAGCUUUAAGAAAAUGAACAGACAUGUGGUCUGGGGGGAACGAGAUUAAUGACUCAAAUGGUUUUUUGCGUACUCCACACUUCCUUAUUUUGCCUCUGCGUUUUCAAGUUUCGGAGGAAGAUUAAGAAACUGGUGAGUCUGGUGAGAUUUGACGCAUGAUUGGUUAGAGUGUUCAGAGGUCAACGCAUCCCCAAAAUCCACAAUGGUUUACGAUACUGCCGUGUAAAUAAAUAUGUUGCUUAUACAUAAUGACUUUCGUGAUCUCAGGACUCAGCAAAGCUCUUUGAAAGUAACUUUUAAAAUUUGUAUUCAAUGCUGCAGCAGCCGAUUUGUACAUAGCAGGCUCCCACAAAAAGCAAUGCGAUCGGAUUAUGUUUUUGUGAUGUUAUCGAAGAUAAAUAUUAGUCUGGAAACAAAGAAUAAAGAUCUUCUUCAAAAUGGUGCCAUGACAGAAGGCAGUUUCAUUUUUCUUGGCACUAUGGAUAUGACUGAACCUCUUGUCUGUGACAGAUCUGCUGAUUGUUCUAUAUUUCACUUCCUUCAUGGCCGAUUCAGGUCCAGGAGUUUGGCAGCAAACAACAGAUGCCUUGUUAUGUGGAUGGCAAGCAUUUACAUCAGCUCCUGAACAUUUCGGUCUUCCUGCAGGAAGAGCUUUGUUUAUUUUAGCCUUUGGCCGGAAGGAAAUUAAAUCCAGAAUGCUUUCUAAGUGACGCAAUGAUAAAAGAGAGGGCAAAAAUGACAAAUUGUGGAAAUAGGUCUGGAAUAUGCAAUUCAGACUACUGUUUAUGUUCAUGAGGAGGGGAAUUGAGAGAAUGGGAUGAUUUGCACAAAGUAUCUGUUCGUCCUGUUCCUGUGCAUUAUGAAGGAUCAGAGCAUAUCUCUCAGAAACAGCCCAGUUAUUCAAGAUGAAGAGCAAGACUACUGUAGAAGCACAUAGCAAAUUCCCCAAACACAACAGUUAGGUAAAAGGCCAGCAAAGCUGUUUUGGAAUAGACAUUGACCAGGGAGAUUCCCUGGUUACUGACUGGCAGCCAAAUGAAGCCUCAAUAUAACAUGCAACAUGAAGGAUAAAACCUCUGUCAGCAUUAGUGCUUGCUCCACUGUGCUGGGUUGGCAGAUGCAUGGUAUCUCGAUGGGAAUGACUGAUUUAGACAUUAUUUAUCCGUUGAAUGACCUCUGGUAUCUGUCAACACGACAAUGUAGAGUCCAGCAAAAAAAAAACCUGCAUCAGAUUUAUGAUCAUCAUUGUGCUGCUUGCAGAGUUAAUAUUUGUGGAAAGAUUUGUAAAGAGAACUGGGUGUAUUGAUAUGGUAACUAUGAGAGAGGUGUGGAAGAAAAGUAGGAUCAGGAGGGGAGAUGGGUAAAGGGAUAAGGAAACAGGGGUGCGGAAAUGAGAGAUAAGUGUCCAAGGCACUAAUCAAAGUCAAGGGACUAAAAUAUUCUACAUUAAAACAAAGGAGAAUUUCCUGCAACUCUGCACUGCUCUCAAAGUAAACCUGCAGAGUCUUUCAAUAUCCAUUAUAUGUUUACAUAGAAUUGUACUCACAUUCCCAUAGACCCAACAGUUUAAAAGUUUGUUUCACAGCAGAGUUCUCAGUAGCACAGUGUACAGGUGGCUGCCUCAUACCUGCAGUAACCCCAGAUUCAAUCCUGGCUUUAGACUUUACUUUCGAGAUACAGCAUGGAAACAGUCCCUUCGGCUCACUGAGUCCACGCCGACCAGCGAUCAAUCUGUACACUAGCGUUAUCCUAUACACUAGGGAUAAAUCACAAUUUACAUAAGACAAUUACAACCUGUACGUCUUUGGAAUCUAGGGGGAAACCGGAGCACCCGGGAAAAAACCCACGCGGUCACAGGGAGAACGUAAAACUCCGUACAGACAGCACUAAUGGUUGGGUUCGAACCUGGUUCUCUGUCGCUGUAAGGCAGCAACUCUGCCACUGUGCCACUGGGCCGCCCCACUGUGACAUCCAGUGUAGUCUGUGUUUGCACACCCUUCCUCUGACCUCUUAGUUUUCUUUGGGUGUUCUGGUGUCCUCCCAUAUCCCAAAGUCCCGCUGGUUAAUUGACCUGUAAAUUAUCCUCAGUGUUGGUGGCCGUUGGGAGAAUCACAGAGGGGUUGAUGCGCAUAUGAGAGAGAAUAUGUUACAAGGAAAUGUGGGCAAAUACCAUUAAUGGGAAUAUUCAGAGAGCCAACGCUGAUUUAAUCAACUGAAUGGCCUCCUUCCAUGUCAUAAGGAAAUACGAAAAUAAGAUAAAACUCUCCCUGUUAUCAUUGAACCAUACGGCACAGUGGGAUUAUUUAGCUCAUUAAGCCAACUCUGUGAAAAACUUCAACACACCAGUUCUCUUUCCUUGUAGCCAUGCAUAUUUUAAAUAUUCACAUUUAUAUGCUCUACUCUUUUGAAAAUUACUGUUGAAUCUGUUUCCAUUGCCCUUUCAGGCAGUGAAUUUCAGCUCAUAACAACGGUAUAUAAGACAAUUCUCCAGUCUCUUCUCUUUUCCUUCCCAAUAAUCAUAAAUCUUUUUACUAUUCGAUAACUAAUCCUCUUGCCAGUGGAAAUAAAUUUCUCCCUUGGUUUCUCCCAGGCUAAAGAGUAAAAUAAACAAAGCUCUUCCUGCAGGAAGACAAAUGUUCAGGAGAUGAGGUAAAGGGUUGCCAUGCAUGUAACAAGGUUCUGAACACCUCCAAUUUAGUUUAUCCCCUCUCCCCUCUUUAAACGAGCAGGCAGAGUGUUGCCAUACAGGCUCCCAACAAUUUUAAAUACUAUAAUAAUUUCUGGGUUCUAUACCAUAUCUAUAUUUUGUUGCAGUUCCUAUUGGUUUAAGGGUCUAGCUACUGAAUUUUGCUUUCCUUUAACCAUUUUCACAACUGUGAACCUCUAUAAAUUAAUACGAUUAAUAUAUUGGGAACAGACUUACAUCUUUUGGUGUUAUUUUUAAACUGUUCUCUGGUUAAUUGGUUUAUUGAUCAGACUCCCUCUGCUGUUCCUUCUGUAAUGGUUAAAAAGUGCUGAUCUUUAGGAACAGCUGGCUUCCUGCAGUCCCACUGCACCAGAGACAGAAACAGAGAGAGAAAGAGAGAGGGAGAGAGGGAGAGGGAGAAUGAAUCACAGAGAGGGGGGAGAUAAAGAAACGGAUAGAGAGAGGAAAAGAUAGAUUCAAAAGAUAGAAAGUGAAAUUGUGGGAUACAAGAAGAUAAGGAGAUAGACAAGCAAGCACCAGAAGGGGGAGGAGAUUGAAAGAGAGGGGGUAGACAGGGGGUAAAGGGCUCGAGGAAAGAAAGUGGGAGAGUGGCGUGGAAGCAGACCCUUUAGAAAGGAACAGGGAGAGAAAGAGAGUGUGUGCGGGAGAGAGAGGGGGAGCGAGUCUCACCAAAUCUUCCCAUCUCCUCACGGCUUCCUGCUCGGAUUUGCUGCAUUUUUUCCCCGGCGGAGGCGAGAUGGAGACUCCGGGUGCACGAAGCUGCCCAAAGUGCUGAGAUGCUGCUUUCUCCCGGCGCUUUGCAGGCGAUGUUGUGGGGGACAUGGAGCCCAAGGCAUUACUAACGGUGAUGGUACUCAGUCUGCGCUGCAGCAUCGCCUUCAAACUCCUGAGCGGUCAGACAGUGUGUCGCAGGGGUGUUGAGCGACCAUGUUACAAAAUUGCCUACUAUAAAGAUGCGUCACGCAGGUUGGGGUUCAAAGAGGCGGAACAUGCAUGUCAAAGCGAUGGCGGGGUCCUGCUCAGCAUUGAGUCCGAAAAUGAGCAGCAGCUCGUUGAGAAACUGAUCCAAGGCUUGUCUGCUGGUGAUGGAGAUUUCUGGAUUGGACUCUCGCGGCGAGUGAAUGGCAGCGAGACUUCAGCAGAUUGUCCAAGCCUGUACCAGUGGCUGGAUGGGAGCGAUGCAAAGUUUAGGAACUGGUAUGUGGACGAGCCAUCGUGUGGCAGUGAAGUGUGUGUCGUGAUGUAUCACCAACCCUCUGCAUCUUCCGGCAUGGGAGGCCCGUACUUGUAUCAAUGGAAUGACGAUCGAUGUAACAUGAAAAACAACUUCAUCUGCAAGUAUGCACCAGUUCGAGUUUCUACAAUUCCGAGUCCAACCCUGACUCCUGCCCUGAAUCGGACCCUAGUUCCCUCUGGAGAUAAUGGAUCUGAUGCAGAUGAAUCGGGAGUUCCAGUUACUGAGGGGGAGAAGGAUUCACCUGUAACUAUUGGCAAAUCAGAAGGCAAUUCUCUCAACAUCAUUUACAUUAUCAUCCCAACGAUCCCCCUACUCCUCCUGUUGCUGGUCUCCAGUGCAGUCUUUUGUUUCCGUUUCUUUGUGAGAAGGAGGAAGGAACGAAGUGAAAAUGUUGUGAAGGAGCACAGCUUCUGGAUGGAGCCCGUCCGAACCCAGUCGCCAAACCUGGAGAUCUACAACAUCAUCAGAAAGCAGUCAGAGGCAGACUUGACUGGAACUCACCCUCACAUUAACACCACAUCCUUCCGCACCACUCCAGCUAAUCGAGGCUUGCACAGUCUCUCUGGAGAGUAUGAUAACGUCGACAGUCACUGCUCUGAGAGCGGCUUUGUGACUAAUGAUAUUUAUGAGUCUUGCAGUGACCAAGCAUCAAGAAGCAGAGAAUCAGGUUGGGUCGAAAACGGGAUCUAUGGCUACUAGGAGCCUGCAGGGUCCAGUUGUGAGGACCAGAUUGUCCAGGGACCGUUUCCCCUCAAGGAGGUGGCACAUUACUUGCUGGACAAAAUACUCUCUUCCUUUUGCGACAGGACACAGAGGGAAACACCCAAUGAAACAGGGACCAUGAAAGGUGACGCGACAACCAGCAAGACUAUCUGUGAGCAAUUGAACACGAGGGCUCCAACCCACUCGCACGUCAACAGCACCCCAGGGCUGUUCCAGAGAGGCGGCUGAGUGUGAGCGAGGGAGAUGUGGUCUCAUGGUCUUAUUCAUGUCAGCAUGUAAACACUUUCUCCUUUUGUCCCGAGCAUAUCACUGAAUGUGUCCCCGCUCUCUUGGCAGGGAAAGCAUGAUUCAAGUUCACCUCCGCAUAUUGCCUGAUACAAUAUCCACACAAAGUGCAUAUUAAACUCCAUCAAUACAAAUGUUGACCAGAGCUCUCUCUGAACUUUGUCCACUGUGCUAGAACUCUCGUUAAAAACACAGAACCUCUUCUGGAGCACCUCAAGACUGACCUUCAACCUGUGAGAGGAAGUCACAGCAUGUUGUUAAUUCCUCCUGAACUGAAGUAUUUUCCAGAUUUUUGAUCAAACUUGCAAUGCCUGUUCCAGUUAUAAAUCAUAGUCUUUGCCACUGCAAAAGUGUCCGUGAUUUCUGCAAACCCAAUGCAUUCUGCUCAUAUCUUGCCAAAUAGAAAAUUAUUCUCAAAAUCGGCUUGUCUAGAGUCAUACAGAUUGAUUGUGGUGGAAGAUCAAAAGAUCUUUGGGUCUUCAGAGCUCAACUUUCUGACACAUCGGACCAAUUUGGCUGUGUGUAGUGGGCACCUGCCCAUAGACUCUGUUGGUUAUGUUCUGCAGGUUAUUGUAAUCAUCACUGCAUCUUGCACAGGGCUUGAAUGAGCCAGAUCACCAGCACUGUGUCUCCUUAACCAGUUACUGAAGGAUCACGAAUGAGCAGCACAAAGUCUGAAAGUGUAAAUGUAAGAAUAUUUGAUUUAGUCAAAUCAGAUACUACUUUUAAAAUAUUUAUGUGGGAUAUAUAUAUUCCAUAUAUGGCCAUCAUAUAAAGAUGCCCUUCUUCAAACUGCCCUUGAGAAAGUGAUGAUGAACUGCUGCCUUCAUUUUCAUAGUCUGUGUGGUGAAUUUCACUGCAGUUUUCCGCAACUGUGUGGCUUGCUAGGUAAUUUCAAAGAGUAGAUAUUGAUCAGGAAUCAUAUAUAGGCCAUAUAAGGAAGAUGGGUAUCUUUCCUAGUCUUCAGCGAACCAUAUGGGCUUUUAUGACCGUUCAGUGGUCUAAUACUUACCCUGAAUGACUUUAUCUACUAAUUCCACGUCCUUCUAUUAAUUAAAUUCAAGUUCUCCAGGUGCCUAUCCGCAUCCUUUUCUUUUUUUAAAUUUAAGAAAAAUCUCCAUUGAUAAUUAGUAUCUGAAAGAAUGGGACUCCAUACAGAAUUGUCAAUGCCAAGUGAACCAGAUAUCACAUUUUGCACAAUGAAUAUUAGACUGGGGCAGACAAAUCCUAACUUCCUAUGGCAAGUUUAAUUUGUAUCUAUAUAAUCACACAGUGCAGUAAAUAUGAAGUGUGUAGUCUGAGACAUUAUUUUUGGCGGGGCUGCCAAUCGUGCGGCGCCCCUGGUGGUGGCAUGAAACAGUACAUGUGUACUCACUGGACAUUGUUUAACUCGUGCAAAGAUAUUGGUGAUGACUGUUAACCACAUUCUUACCUUUACAGAAAAAUUCACAAAUUCUUUAACAGACUAUGAAGUGAUCAGAUUGCAUGCUUUAUAAUGUGAAUACUGUAUUGUGAAUUGCAAGCUUUGUAUCACCAUCAGACUUUGUACUGAACAGAUAUAGCUAAUGAACUGUUUGAGAUGUGCAUAUGAUAUGAUUUGGUUUUGUUCCAAUGAUGUACAACGUGAUCAUUUUAUGAUUGGGCUGUUUAUUCACAAAGUCACCUUAAUGUGAUCAUCAAAAUUAGAAAACUCAACUGUAUGUUUUUAAUGAACUUUACCAGAUCUUGGCAUCAUCACCAAAGUCAGCACUGAUUGCUCUUCCCCAAUGACC